AUGCCGAAAGUAAUUCUGGAGUCUCAUUCAAAGCCAACAGACUCAGUUUUUCUACAACCAUGGAUAAAGGCAUUAAUUGAAGACAACUCGGAGCAUGAUCAAUAUCAUCCCUCUGGCCAUGUAAUUCCUAGCUUGACCAAGCAGGACUUAGCGCUACCGCAUAUGAGCCCGACAAUUUUAACCAAUCCGUGCCAUUUCGCCAAAAUUACAAAAUUUUAUAACGUUUGCGACUACAAGGUAUACGCAUCGAUAAGAGAUUCCUCACACCAAAUACUUAGUUGAGUUUUCCCAAGAGUGUGUAUCUAAUUUUGAAAGGACUCAUAAUUGCAGGAUCACAUCUGAGACGACCAAUUGCUUAAUGAUCAUUGGCGAUGCUGACUUAGUCUACGUAACAAAUUCUCGAGCAAUGUCUCACUUCAAAAUUUGCCUAAGCAACAUUUCGUCCAAAGAAAUAGUGCCCGUUCUCAAUGUAAACCAGGCCACGAUAUUUGAUAUUGAUCAAGUCGGAUCGUUAAGUACUUUCCCAUUUGUAUAUAAAUAUUUAUGA